ACUUUCUUACAUAGUUAUUUUUUGUUUCUUGAGCUCAAGUGAUUUAUCCUCAAUACUGUACUAAUCAUGUCCAGCAUACAAAUGUGUGAGACGGAAAUCAGUGAAACUGAGAAAAGUCAAUAGAAGAUCAAGAACACUAGUUCUGGAUACCAUGAAAUUUGGGAAGCAUUUAAACUGAAUACAAACUAGCUUACUUACGUUUUAUAAGAGCAAAUAAUCAUCGUAUGUGACAGCAUUUACUUAUAAGGACUAUGUGAAUCUGCUACAUAUACACAACAUAAUAAUAUUAAACAUCUGGCACAAAAUUCAAAGAUGAUACUUGUGAAGUCACUAAGAUUGAAUUCUAUUUUGUAGCUUAGCAGAUUUGUCAGUUACCUUGGUCAGCUGCAAAAAAAAAAAUGUCAGUAAAUAUCUAUGACCGGAAGACAUUUACAACUAGAAUUUUGUGUCUGCAGCUGUGAUCUCUUCUUAUCUGAAGGAGAAGUGUCAUUUACUGUAUUCUACCUAUGCCGUCACGUUACUGCUAAGCACCCUCGGAAUACCACCCCACAAAAAAGGAAUUUUCAGCUUGCAUUUUUACUAAGAUCUAUGAUUAGAAGUCAUGCAUAAGGUCCAAUGACUGACCCACUUGGCCUUUGGUUACUCAGGAAAGUUCUCUUAUGAGUACAGCAUACGACAUGGUGGUCUUUCAGUUUUGACAUCUCAACCUUGAUGCAAUAAAUAAUUGAGCAUUUACUAACAUUCUUGGCAGGAAAAAAGGAUUUUAUAUUAUUGCUUAAUGGAAAGGAGGUUCCUCACCUUUGCCGCUGCUGCUGCUCAGCUUCUAUUUCUGCUUGGUCUUCUAAGCUCUACACUCAGCAUCAAUGAAUCAAAACUUCAGUGCAGGGAGAGUGAAAGAGUAGCACUUCUUAAGUUCAAAGAUGGCCUCAGAGAUCCUCAUAGCCUUCUCUCUUCAUGGGAAGGUAGUGAUUGCUGCAACUGGAGAGGAGUCAGCUGCAACAAUGAAACCGAGCAUGUUGUUAGCUUAGACCUUGGAUACCGGCAUCUCUUUGAUGGUCCUAGUACUGCUUGGCGUCUUGGUGGUAACACUAGUCCUUCUCUGCUCGGCUUGAAGUAUCUGAAUUACCUGGACCUCAGCUUCAAUGAUUUUGGAGGGAUUAGCAUUCCAGAAUUCAUAGGCUCAAUGCUAGAACUCAGCUACCUUAAUCUCUCCAAUGCUGGUUUCAGUGGGAGGAUACCUGCACAAAUAGGGAAUCUCUCAAGUUUACGGUACCUUGAUCUGAACUCAAUUUAUUCUUUGCAUACUUUGUAUUCUGAUGAGCUUGAAUGGGUCUCUCAUCUUUCUUCAUUGCAAUAUCUUGAUAUGAACUCAGUGAACCUUGCGAAGACUAAUGAUUGGUUUCAUCCAAUUAAUAUGAUUCCCUCUUUAUCGGUUUUACUUCUACCCAAUUGUCAGCUUAAAGAGAUGCCGACAUCACUCUUGUUUCACAAUCUCACAUCUCUUGUUACUCUUGAUCUCUCCAACAACCAAUUUGAUUCCAUGCUCCCAAGCUGGUUGUUCAACAUGAGCAGCCUUGAAUACCUUAACCUUCAGUUCAAUCACUUCCAAGGUUCUAUACCUGAUGCUUUUGCAAACAUGAGUUCUCUUGAGAUCAUUCAAAUCAGAAACAAUGAAUUGCAUGGACCUAUACCUCAAUCCAUAGGCAAACUCUGCAACCUGAGAUCACUCGAUCUCUCACAUAAUAAUAUCAGCGAUAACGUGUUGGCAUUGGCAGUAAUUUCAGGUGGUUGCGCUGGUGACACUCUGGAGAAUAUAAAUCUUAGAAGCAAUGGUCUGACAGGCAACUUGUCAGAUUGGUUAAAGAAGUUGAAAAUGUUGUCUAUUCUUAAUCUUGGCAACAACUUGCUUCAAGGCUCUAUUCCACCAUCAAUAGGAAACAUAUCUACAUUGACAAAUCUUUUUCUGAGCCACAAUAUGUUUAAUGGAACUCUUCCUGAGAGCUUCGGGCGUCUCUCAGAGCUUACUCUGCUUGAUGUUCCUUAUAAUUUACUCUCCGGAGUUGUGUCCGAAGUUCACUUUGUAAAUCUUUCCAAGUUGGAGCAGCUGAGCUUGGCUUCAAACUCCUUGGCAAUCAAUAUGAGCUCGGACUGGAUUCCUCCAUUCAGACUGAGAUUUAUCGGGCUCAGCAGUUGCAAACUCGGACCCAAGUUUCCUCCAUGGCUACAAACACAAAAGAAUUAUUUUAUCAUGGAUUUGUCAUACUCGGAGAUUGAUGAUACUGUACCUGAAUGGUUGUGGACAUUAUCUCAAGAGAUUGAUAUGCUGGAUAUUUCUCAAAAUCGGAUUGCUGGAAAUGUGACAAAACUGAAAUUCCACGUUGUUCACAUCCUUGAUUUGAGUUUCAACAAUCUUGAUGGCCCUUUGCCUUCUCUUCCUUCUAGCAUUGAAUAUAUUGAUUUCUCUAACAACUUGUUUUCGGAGACUCUUGUUCCAUUCUUCAAUGAACAAAUGCCGAUACUUUCUCAUUUGUUUCUGUCAGGCUAUCAUAUUCAUGGUACAAUUCCUGCAUCCAUAUGUCACUACUUGGAGCUGUACGUUCUUGAUCUCUCAGACAACCUCCUGUCAGGAGAGCUCCCAGGAUGUUUGGGUGAUCUUGCAUCAUUGGCAGCAAUGAACUUUGCGAACAAUGAUCUGUCCGGACAACUUCCUCGCAGUUUGGGAGCUUAUAGUUGGCUUCAGUCACUGCAUUUGGAUAACAAUUCCUUCCAUGGGCAGCUCCCUGUUGCUUUGAGAAGUUGCACUCGCUUGGUUACACUUGAUGUUGGCAACAACAGACUCUCAGGAAAGAUACCAACUUGGAUUGAUAUUGGACCUCGCCAGUAAUAGUCUAUCAGGAACUAUACCCCACAUUUUUGGUAAUCUCCCUGCAAUGGCACUGACACGCAAGCCAAAAGAGCGAA